GUUGCGUUACGCAGUUGUUGUUGUUAUGAUACAUAGCAUUGAUUGGUGCCACCGAAGCUCCACCGUAUAUAAUCAACGCUAACGACACUCGUGCCUAACCAUUAAAACACACACUCUCUCUCACCAAAUUCUUAUUAGAACGAAAAAAGAAAAGAAAAGAAAAAAGAGCGAUUUUUCCCUCACCAAAGAAGAACCAAAACAAUGGCGGAUCAACUCACCGAUGAACAGAUCUCCGAGUUCAAGGAAGCCUUCAGCUUGUUCGAUAAGGACGGCGAUGGUUGCAUCACAACCAAGGAGCUUGGAACUGUUAUGCGUUCAUUGGGGCAAAACCCAACUGAGGCAGAACUCCAGGACAUGAUCAAUGAAGUGGAUGCUGAUGGGAAUGGUACCAUUGACUUCCCUGAGUUCCUAAACCUCAUGGCUAGGAAGAUGAAGGACACUGAUUCUGAGGAGGAGCUGAAAGAGGCAUUCCGGGUUUUCGACAAGGAUCAGAAUGGGUUCAUCUCUGCUGCUGAGCUCCGUCAUGUGAUGACCAACCUCGGGGAGAAACUCACCGAUGAAGAGGUCGAUGAGAUGAUUCGUGAGGCUGAUGUUGAUGGAGAUGGCCAAAUAAACUACGAGGAGUUCGUUAAGGUGAUGAUGGCCAAGUGAGUGAUCAUCACAUUAUGGCCACAAGAACCUAAAUGAAGAAGUGUUGAUUAAAAGGAAAUGACCAAAAAAACAGAGGUAAGGGGAAGGACAAGGGUUUGGGUUGUAUAACAGUGAUGUAGUAGUCCUUGUCCUUUCUUCUUCCUACAUUUAUAUUUGACGGUUUUUGAAUCCAACCUUAAAAUGUCAAUUAGUGGCAAUUCCUGCUACUAAUGGAUGUAGUGGAACUGAACCUUCUUAGUUUGUCUGUAAUUUUUUCCAAGAAAUAAAGGGUUGUAAUGUUAAUGUCACUUCGCAUUCUACCGCUCAUUUUUUUUUUUUGAAAGAUGACGAAUAUUGUGAUAUUUGACAUGCAUCGUAGUUUAUUUGAAAAGUCAAUGUGUGAUAUGGAUUCUCCUAA